UUCUCAAUAUUUUUUAAUUUACAAACUAGUCCCUCAAUUACCUAUAAAAUUGUAAGGAGUCCUAAGAAUCCAUCUCUCUCGACUUCGUUGGAGAGCUUUGCUUUUAUGGAAUAAGAACCAAAUUCCUCUUCUCUGCUUAGGAGUACAUUUUUGUGCUCACUAAUUUGUCAUCUAGGUGUUGCUGAAUUCUGUUAAAGGGUGGAACUCUAGUGAAAUUAUCAUCCGGGUCAGCAUCAAAAUUUCGAAUUCAUAUUUUCUUCACUGGAUUUUGGGUUUGCUUCUCUUUUGUUUGGUAAAUUUCUGCUUCAAUGGACGAUGGGGAGUUAGAUUUUUCAAACCAAGAUUUGUUAUCUAGUCCAAAUAUCGGUGAGAUUCCAAGCAGUUGUUCUUUUGAUUUCUUGGAUGAGCUACUGAAGGACUCCCAUGCUUGUACCCAUACACACACAUGCAAUCCUCCUGGUCCUGACUAUUCUCACACACACACUUGCUAUCAUGUGCAUACAAAAAUUUUGCCCCCUGCCGAGGACAAGGUUGUAAGUGAUGAUACUGCGGAGUCCACGGAUAAAAAAUCAAAGAAACAAUCGUCAGGCAAUAGGGAGGCUGUCCGAAAGUACAGGGAGAGGAAGAAGGCAAAGGCUGCAUCUUUGGAGGAUGAAGUUAAGCAUUUGCGAGCUUUGAACCAGCAGUUACUGAAGAGGCUGCAAGGACAGGCUGCAUUGGAGGCAGAGGUUGCAAGACUCAAGUGUUUACUUGUGGACAUUAGGGGGAGGAUUGAAGGGGAAAUUGGAUCGUUUCCAUAUCAGAAAUCAGCCAAUAAUGUGAAUUUGGCCAAUCCAAAUGUUCCUGGUUCUCUUGUGAUGAAUCCAUGCAACAUACAGUGUGAUGGCCAGAUUUAUUGUCAGCGUCCUGUGCUGGAUAGCAAAGGUGGAGAAGGUGCACCAGUGAAUGGGCAAGGGUUUAGCAGUUGUGAGCUUGAGAAUCUUCAGUGUAUGGAGUAUCAGAAUUCAGGAAUGAUAGGCUUAUCUGGGUGUAGCCUUGGGAAUGAAGCAACAAAUGGCAAUUCUUCCAGUACAAAUAAGAGAAAGGAGAAAAGUGUUAUUAUAUGAUUUACCACCUUUGAAAAAGAAGGGGAUCGUGGAGCAAGUUUAAGCUGAAAAAACUGCCAAACCAAGGUCAGCCUUUUCUGUGAGGAUGCAUGUGCUUCCCCAAAGUACUUAUGUUGCGAGGCAGCAUCAGCUUCAUCAAGAUGCUUUGUUGGGUUUGGUUAGGUUUUAAUUAUUUUCCCGUUUUUAUUUAUGCAUUUCAUCUAGGUAUUGGCUUAGCGUUUAUCUGCUGUAGCUGCCUAGUUGGUGGUUCGGUUAGUUUGUGAUAUUGUUUGAAAAACGCUUCGUAAAAUGGAGACUUGGUGGAUCUUUUGCUGGUAGAACUUAUUUGUAGAGACCAACCUGUGAUUUUUCUAUGAAGCUGAACUUAUAUUUACAAAGCUUAAUUCAAUCUUGUUCUUUAUAUCCAA